AUGUUCAAGUCGAAAACAAGUACUCCAAAUUAUAUCGAAUCCUUGGUCUCCAUAGAAGAUGAUCGCAACAGGGUUCCUAUAAAUUCUAAAGAAACCAGCCAAAUGAGGUAUUUGAACGUACCAGGAAACAGAAGCCGACAUUCGUCUGUUGCAGAUUCUAGAAGAAACUCUACCAAAUAUGAUGGAGGCUACUCUGCGGAUAUAACCCCCGCCCAGUUGAGAUUUAUUGAUAAUAUAGACUACAGCGCAAGAUUAAGGAGAACAUUGCAGAGAAACUCAGUGGUUUUAAACAAUUACAAUAACCUCAGCAAGAACGACCGUUGGUACUUUGAUCUAUUCGAUAGAGAAUAUUUUGAAAACUAUCUUGAAGAACCUGCGUAUAUUAAAAUCUUCAAGAAGAAAGAAGAGUUGGAACAGUUCGAUAGGAUGUUCUUAGCUCAAGAGUUAAAAAUUCCCGACGUAUACAAAUCAGCCACUCAUCAAGGGGAACCGGCAGCGACCAAUUCAGAGCUUUACAAAAAUUCAAUAUGUUGCUGUACAUUCAGUCAUGACGGUAAGUAUAUGGUUAUUGGUUGCAAAGAUGGCUCUUUGCACCUAUGGAAAGUCAUAAAUUCGCCCGUCAAGAGAUCUGAAAUGGGUCGCUCAGAAAAAUCAGUCAGCGUGACUAGAGCAAACUCGCUAAAAAUCCAAAGGCAUCUGGCUAGCAUCAGUUCUCACAACGGUUCCAUAUCAAGUAAUGACUUAAAACUAGGCGACCAACUUGAUGGAGCUUCGAAGCAGUUACAUCUAUACGCACCUGUUUUUUAUUCCGAUGUGUUCAGGGUUUUCAUGGAACAUGCUCUAGAUAUCUUAGACGCAAACUGGUCCAAAAACGGAUUCCUAAUAACAGCGUCAAUGGACAAAACUGCAAAACUAUGGCAUCCUGAAAGAAAAUGCUCGUUAAAAACGUUCGUUCACCCAGAUUUUGUUACUUCCGCUAUUUUUUUCCCUGGCGACGAUCGCUUUAUAAUAACAGGUUGUUUAGAUCACAAGUGUCGAUUGUGGUCCAUACUGGACAAUGAAGUUUCCUAUGCUUUUGAUUGUAAAGAUUUGAUAACGUCCUUGACGUUAUCCCCUUCCGAUGGCGAAUAUACAAUAAUUGGUACUUUUAAUGGGUAUAUUUAUGUCCUAAUGACACAUGGCUUAAAAUUUCUUUUAUCAUUUCAUGUAGCUGAUAAAAGUACUCAAGGAACCGCCAAAAAUAGCUUCCACCCGUCUUCUGAAUACGGAAAAGCUCAGCAUGGGCCUCGGAUUACUGGUUUACAAUGUUUUUUUUCCAAAGUGGACAAAAAUCUAAGAUUGAUAGUCACUACAAAUGAUUCAAAAAUCCAAAUCUUUGAUCUCAAUGAAAAGAGACCUUUGGAAGUAUUAAAGGGAUUUCAAAGUGGUUCUUCACGACAUAAAGGCCAAUUAAUGAUAAUGAAAAACGAGCCCGUGGUUUUUACAGGUAGUGAUGAUCAUUGGUUUUACGCCUGGAGAAUGCGAUCCUACAACCUGUCAGCAGAAAUGAAUAGCGUCGUUCCACAUAGGAAAAAGAGGAUAAGCGGCAACAUGAGUCUGAAAGGGCUUUUGAGGAUUGUCUCUAAUAAGAGCACAAAUGAUGAAACUUUGACAGAAACCUCAAACCAAGGCGACUCGCGCAAGUUUACCAGCCCUUCAAAAAGUGCCCCUCAAGCGCAAUCUGUGGGGAGUCAAGCAAUCAAAAACGGUCAUUAUGUGUCAUUCCAUGCCCAUAAUGCCCCCGUCACAUGCGCUUUCAUAGCCCCUGACGUUGCACUCAAAAACCUCUCGCUGUCAAACGAUUUAAUUUUCGAACUGACUUCGCAAUAUUUUUCGGAAUUGAAUCAGCAGAAUAUGGGACACAGUGAUGCAAACAAAAGCAAGUUUGUUAACGCCAUUAAAGAAACAGGGGGAUUCAGCUCAAAUCUGUCGAAUGUUGUGAAUAAUGUCGGAACAAUUUUAAUAACAACAGAUAGCCAGGGCUUGAUUCGUGUUUUUAGAACUGAUAUCCUACCAGAAAUACGAAAAAAAAUUAUAGAAAAGUUCCAUGAGUACAACUUGUUUCAUCUUGAGGUUGCUGGCAAAAGAAACAGCCACAAUAAUGACAAUAUAUCUGAAAGUAGAAUGAAUGUGACAAGACCAACGGAAGGCAAUGAAUUCAGUACUUCGGUACCUACAAAUACGCGGAAUAGCGAGCCAAGCCAUGAUUUUUACGAUCUGCAUUCAAACAGUAGCCAAGUGAUUUCUGGAAUGCCGCCAAGAGCUAGCGCCAUCUUUAAGAACUCGAUAUUCAAUAAGUCCAACGGAAGUUUUAUAUCCUCAAAAUCCAGAAGUGAAAGCACAAACUCUACGGUAUUUGGACCCCACGAUAUUCCCAAAAGCUCUACUACAAGCCCGAAAUUAAAAUGUGACGUCUGCAAUGGAUCCAGUUUUGAAUGCGCUUCAAAAAACCCGAUUGCUGGCGGUGAUAAUGGUUUUACUUGCACUGACUGUGGUACAAUCCUUAAUAAUUUUAGAUAA